AUCCGGAAAUCGUCACAAACUAAAGUGUCGAAUACCUUAUGGCCUUUCCUUUUUGCUCCCUGAUUCAAGGAAUACACGAGCAAUCACAAUGCCGGAUAUAGAAUCUUUUGAUGAUGUUGUGGUAACUACAACCUCCACUAUACCUGUCGCACUUUCUGCCGAGUUACCAGAAAUUAAAUUGUUUGGUCGGUGGAAUUGCGAUGAUGUGCAAGUCAAUGAUAUGUCUUUGCAAGAUUAUAUUGCUGUAAAAGAGAAGAAUGCUAAAUAUCUACCACACUCYGCUGGCCGUUAUGCUGCUAAACGWUUUCGAAAAGCUCAGUGUCCUAUCGUAGAACGCUUGACAAAUUCAUUAAUGAUGCACGGAAGAAAUAAUGGGAAAAAAUUAAUGGCUGUCAGAAUAGUCAAGCAUGCCUUUGAAAUUAUUCACCUUCUUACGGGUGAUAAUCCUUUGCAGGUUCUUGUGACAGCGAUUAUUAAUUCAGGACCAAGAGAAGACUCUACCCGUAUUGGUCGUGCAGGUACAGUUAGAAGACAAGCAGUAGAUGUUUCCCCAUUACGUCGUGUUAACCAAGCUAUUUGGUUAUUAUGCACUGGUGCACGAGAAGCAGCAUUCCGUAAUAUAAAAACAAUCGCUGAAUGUUUAGCCGAUGAACUUAUCAAUGCUGCGAAAGGAUCAUCGAAUUCAUAUGCGAUCAAAAAGAAAGAUGAACUAGAACGUGUCGCUAAAUCCAACCGAUAAACAUCAUAAUUUAUUAAACAUUUAAAUAAAAAUCUUUAAUACAUUAAAUGUUGUUGAUCAUUGA